CAUGGAACCGCCCCUUUCCUGUAACAGACGCUGAACGGGUGAACAUUUCAAAUCGCGGCUGAGGCUGCAUUUGCAAGGGGCGGGCUGGCUGCACGUGGGCUGCAGGGAGCCUGGGCCAUGGCCACGGCCACAGAGGCCUCUGCGGCAGAGACCCUGCAAAGGGAGCUGGCUUGCUCCAUCUGUCUGGAGUACUUCCAGGACCCGGUGUCGGUACAAUGUGGGCACAAUUUCUGCCGAGCCUGCAUCAGCCAGUGCUGGGAGGGAUCGGUUAGAAACUUCUCCUGCCCCCAGUGCAGAAAAACUGCCCGGAAAAGAAACUUCAGGCCCAACAGGGAGCUGGCGAGAGUUAUCGAAAUAGCCAAAGGGCUGAGUUUCCAGGCAGCCACAGGCUCGGGAAGGUGUGAGAAACACCAGGAGGCUCUGAAACUCUUCUGUGAAGAGGAUCAAACCCCCAUCUGCGUGGUUUGCAGAGAGUCCCAGGCUCACAGAGCUCACCCCGUGGUUCCCAUAGAGGAGGCUGGCUUGGAUUACAAGGAACAAAUCCAGACCCGCCUGCAAACCCUGAAGGAAGAGAGGGCAAAGCUUCUGGGAUUUAAAGAGGCUGAAGAGGGGAGAUGCCAGCAGCAUCUGAAACAGACACAAGCUGAGAGGCAGAAGAUUGUGUCUCUAUUUCAACAACUGCACCAGAUGCUGGAGGAAAAAGAGCAACUCCUGCUGGUCCGGCUAAAAGAGUUGGACAAGAUGGUUGUGAGGAUACAGAAUGAAAAUGUCACCAAACUCUCCGAGGAGAUUUCCUGUCUCAGUGAGCAGAUCAGUCAGAUGGAGCAGAAGUGUCAGCAGGCAGAGAAUGAAUUCCCGCAGGAUGUAAGAAGCACCUUGAGCAGGUGCAAGAAGGGGAAGUCCCAGCAGCCAGUGGAGAUUCCUCUUGAGCUGGAGGAGUUCCUCAGUGAAUUCUCUCAGGGGAACAGUGUCAGGAAGACGCUGAAGGAAUCCAAAGUGAAUGUGACUCUGGAUCCAGGCACGGCUCAUCCCGAACUCACAGUGUCUGAGGAUCGGCGAAGCGUGAGCCUCCUUCGGCGGCGAGAGAGUUUGCCCUUGGUUCCGUCUCUGUGGGGAGGACAUGCUGCUCCAACUGAGUCCCUGAGGCGCAGGGCAGGACAGCCCUCCUGUUCUGCCAGCCGCCAUCUCGAGCCGCUUGGAGGCUGAAGUGCAUUUCUUGCUAGCCAAAGCAACCUCAAGACAGGAGCGAUCUGACUAGAUGAGAGAAUGACUUUGAUCUGCCUGUUGGUCCCUGUUCUCUAUGAUCCCCGAAGGGUGUACGUUUCUGCAGAGAAUGAGAUGGGUGGGGGGGCCAUGGGGGAGUUGAAGUAUGAUUUAGUGCAUCAUGAAAGGAGCUCUCUGUUGUGCUGGGCAAAAA